AUGUUUUGGUCGCCCAUUCUGCAAGCGGCCAGAAAACGUGAAGACAGAAGGCCUCUCUACAGACGAAUCCUCACCAAUAGACGUCUCGAUAUCGCGCAUAAAACUAUCGUGCGCUCGAUUCUCGGCUUCAUCGUCUUCAGUACCUCCUACUGUUUGGUAAACGCGGGAAUCUACUACAAAUUCGUACGCCCUAUUCGACAAGAGGAGCGCGAAAUCCUUGAACGCGAGUUGAUCGAAGCCGACAAAGCAGGAUUUGCUAUGAGCUCCUCCUCAUUUUCCCGCCUUCUCACCGGCCUCUCUUCAAAAUGGGAAGGCCUCUUCCUUAUCGGGUCAACAGCCGGCGCGGGCUUCGAACUUUUCAAAAUUUAUUUCUCUUUUAACGGCGUCAAUUACUACAGCGUACUGAAAAAGCGGCAAUUGCAAAAGGAACUCGACGCGUUCGAGAAGCAACUGAAGGAUCUCGACGAGAUUAUCGCUAGUGGCAAACCGCAAACCUUCUAG